UGUUGUUGUUAUAUUACAGAUGAAGAGUACGAAUUACAAAAUUUUGACUUUAUGCAGAGUAUAUUUCGUAACAAAAUUUCGGUGAACAGACAAGCUGUGUGCCACUGUAAUUGUUUCAUUAUAUUGUUAGUUUCUUCAAUUCAAACGGAAUUUUAAAGGAAAACAAAGGGAUUUUAACAUAAGACAUUGGAAAGCGCUUUGAUAAAAUGAGUGCAGUGCCUGUAGCAGAAUUUCUGAAGGACCCGUCAUCUUGGGUGGCACAGCCUGGCUGUGAAUGCAGAUCAGCUGGGGUGGGUAUCGUGAAUGAAGUCGUCCCUCUUUACACUGCUGGUACCGGUGGUUCACUUCCGGGCCUCACAUCUGAAGAGACCGCCAUAUUGGCAGGUGUUCUGACAGGGUUGGCAACGUUCCUAUUUCUACUGUUGCCAAUAUUGUGUUGCCUUUGCCCGUUGCCAUGGGCAUGCUGUGGUUGCGGCAAGAAAAAGGCGGCAGCUGCCGGCGCUGGCCAUCGUCAUGGUAACAUUGCUAGAUCAGAUGCCUCGUUUUGGAGUACUGGUUCCUGGGGUAAAGGCGACAAGAUGGACUAUGACCAUUUAUACGGGGUAGAUAUGAAACUUCCAAGACCAUGGGUCGAUAACUCCAGUAACCACUUUGACUCCAAGCUUCACCAUGAUGGCGGAUGGGAAGGGGCAGACAUGACUCGGGAUGAGAUUGAUGCAGCUAUUCGUUCUAACGGAGCAGGCGGGGAAAGUGAAAUUGCGGCACAGUCUGGAAUUGUAACAUACGCUUCCGGUGAAGGUGGCCAUGACAACGCUGGUUACAGUUCUGCGGAGAGAAGCCGCGGAGGCGGUGAUGAAGUGAUUACGGAAUACACCACAACACGGAGGGUGGAUAUGCAUAUUGGUGCAAUGAACCCGGAGGAGGCGGAGGGAUACUACACGCAAACAUAUGGACACUAUGAGGCCUUUGCCAUACCCCGCUACAGACGUGCUGAUUUGGGAGAGACAGUUUUCCUAGAACAUAGCCCUGGAGAAAUGGAGGGAUAAAAUAGCCAUGGGACUCGGACAUGUCUAAGGACAACUUUAUGAAGAUUUAUCACUCGUACAGAAAUAAACUGAGUGGUUACGACCAUUGAAUGUGUUUGUUUGAAAUCCUGUAAAUUAUAUGACCGAGAGAGUGUUGUGAUUUAUUUAAACUAUAUUCCAUACUGUUUUACUACAAAAAUAUUAAAGAGCUACUUACGUGUCUUGUCAUACAAUUUUUAUAUGUUGCAUGCUCACCUUUAAAGAUAAUACGUUAGGGACUAGGGAACAUGUUUAUACCUUGAAUAAGUUAAUGCAUGUGUAUCAAUUUGUUAUAUGAUUGAAUAUGGCCAUGUUUGUGUAAAAUUGUCAUUAUCUAUACAUUUUUGCUAAAAUUAUUUUAUGAAUAUAGUUUAAUAGCUCAUCUCACUGACAUAAGUUUAUUAAUAGAUUUGUCAAAAUCUGUUUAUGAAUAAAUUAAUGAUUUUGCUAAAAGAACUGUGAACCGAUUUGUGCUGUUUAUGAAAGAUAAGUGACUUCAUAGAUAGAUAUGCCAUAUAACUAGAAUAACUUACGAAUAGAUCUGUAAUUUUGCCAAAAUAAUAUGAAUAUAUUUGUCAAGUCAGUCACGAAAAUAAGUUUAGUGAUGGCUGCUACAGGCUAAUUAAAGUGGGUUGGUCGACAAUGGGUGAAUUUUCCAUUAGUAUUUCAAUUGUUGAUAAAAACAAUAAAAAUGUAUUAUGUGGAUAUUUUUUUUAUAAAAUAUUGCUUGCUAAAGAAAGUUGAUGAAGUUAUUUGUGAUUUAGUAUGAAUAGAUGUAUAUGAUGACCAAUAAUAGUUUUUCUACAACAAUUUAAUAGGUGCUAUAUAAAGUAGGUCAUAUCUGAGAUGUAUCUGAUAAUAAAUACUAUCAAGGUAUUUAUUUACUAUAUUACAGACCAAUUCACUUUAAAAGAAAAUAAUAUAAAUAGAUUUAGUAUUGAAAUAUAGCUAUACUGCUAAAAAUUGUGGUAAUGUUUAGCUUUGCUUUAAUAAUAAUGCAUACGUUCGUCUGCAAGAAUUUAAGCUGGUUAUGAACUAUUUUUGCUUAAGGUGUACAUGUACUUAUAAAUGAAAGACUGGGAAAUAUUGAUGAAAUAAAAUAUGUUUUUUCAUUUUCCGUAUUAUCACUGUAAAAUUAAUUUUUCACUGCAGUGAAACAUAUUUUACGUAUUUUCACUGGUGUAUUGCUGGACUACUUUCUUGUAAAUUCAGUACAAAAUUUAAAUAGAAGUCUUUCAAAUUGUAAUGUAAAAAAAAAGAGAAUUAUGUAUAUAAUAAACACAAAAUUCAAGUUUUUUCUUGAAAUACAGGAUUUAUUUCAUCUUGUGAUAUGAAAAUUUUCAUGUUUCACUCGUGGCUACCACCUCUCAUGAAAUAUUUAUUCGAUGAAAAAUAAUCCUGUAUUUGCAGAAAAAACUUGAAUAUCCUCAAAAUGAUUCUUUUCUUCAAAAUUCUUUUUUUUUUGUUUUAAUUAAUAUUUCAUAGUACAAUACGAUUUCAAAGGUUUGUCCAUAUUCCAUAACUCAAAUUUGAUGGUUUUGCACGGGCUGUUGUUAAAAGAGACCCAUGUCAAGAUUUGUCUUGGUUUUCUUGUCAAGCUACAUUUGAUUAAAUGUUAUCAUUAUGUGCUUCGCUCCUGGUAUGGCUCUUAACAAUAUAUAUUUUAAUAUGUAGCCUUUGCUUAAUACAAAAUCAUAUGAUUGGAUAAUGUGUUAUUACGCGUGAUUUGUUAGAAAAAGUUAUAGCUUUAAUCAACUAGCUGCUAUGUUUUCUACCUUAUACCAGUUGCGUUAUGUUAAGGGCUUUUUUGCUCACGUUUUUUUUUUCUUUCUUAACUUAUAGGUUUUUGUUUUACUAAUGUGAAAUUCUUUGUCGUUUUUGUUGUUUUAUUUUGAUUUAAACCACAAAUAUUAUUCAAUUUACAGUGAUUUUAGAUAUCUGACAUUUUGUUGUGACCUUGUGACCUUUCAAGUAUGCAUAUUUUAUGCUUCUUUGUUUUUGUUUUUAUUUCUUGACUUACAUACACAAAUACCUCUUUUGUGAUAAAUACAUAUAUUUUCCAAAUAUUGUUGAAAUAUUUUGAUGGUGCAAAAGCAGAAUAAAUGAUUAAAUAUA